CCAACAUUCCAAUCUCCCCUCAAUCGGCCGCAGCAUAAUCAUCACCUGGUUAUCCCCCGUUGACAAAUCUCUCGACUUGGAUGGGGGGGACGUCUGCAUCUGCAUGGGCAAUUGAUUGACGAUUGAUUCCUGUUGUUGUUUUGGUGCAGCAUCGCGCCCGCGCUCGCUAGUGGUGGCCCCAAUCACCUGGUAGCGGCUAUGUGCAGGCUGCAGACUGCAGCGCCGCCCGGCCAACAGGGGGCCACCAAACCAACAACAAUCAUCGUCAAUUUGCCAAUGUCUCUCCUGCCACACGCCUUUUGCUGUCAUUCCGGGCCAGCCAUUCGCUGCUUGUUGCCUGCAUACCUGGAUUACAUACAUAUAUAUACAUGAUAUUACAUAUGCAACUCUCCACCA